AUGCCUUCAAACCGAGCUGCUUGGGUCGUGACCCAGGGGAAACCUCUCGAAGUCAAAGAAGCACUUUACACUCAACCUGGACCAAAUGAAGUCGUAGUAAAGAAUGCUGCUGUAGCUAUCAACCCAGUGGACUGGCUACUUCCAAGCGUCGUCAGCAUGUUCACUCCUCAAGUCAAACUCCCAUUCGUCUUUGGCGAUGAUUGCGCGGGUACAGUCGUCGAAGUCGGAGAAGGAGUCGAUACUCUCAAAGUCGGGGAUCGUGUACUCGGGUUAGCAGUCAGUUUCGACAAGCGCUCCAACAAGGCUAGCGAAGGUGCUUUCCAGGAGUAUACUGUUCUGAGAACAAACCUUACAAGCAAGAUUCCGGAUUGGAUGUCCUUUGAGUCUGCAUCGGUCAUACCGUUGGGUUUGGCGACUGCAGCGUGUGGAUUGUUCCUCGAAGACUUUCUUGGUCUUCAGCUGCCUACUGCUCCUAAACCGCAGAAGCCUACUGGAGAAACCGUGAUCAUCUGGGGAGGGAGUACGAGUGUUGGGUAUGCAAGCUCCUUGGACAGCGAAACAGUUGACCGCGUUGACAAGCAAACAGGNUGCAAUACCAUCCAGCUAGCAGUCGCGGCCGGCUACGAAGUCAUAUCAACCGCUUCACCCCACAACCACGAGUACUUGAAGCGUUUGGGUGCCACCGAAGUAUACGACUACAACAGCCCAACAGUAGUACAAGACAUCGUAGCCACCAUGAACAACAAACACAGAAUCUCUGCCGGCGCAUACGCAAUCGGCGUCGGAUCUCUGGCCGCCUGCAUCGACAUCCUCAGCAAGACCAAGGGCAAGAAGUUUGUUGCUCAAGCCAGUCACGAUAUCCCAAUGAAGGAGUUCCCAACAAGCAUGCUCGCAAUCAUGUGGAAGAUGGGAUCCAGUUUUGUUGGGUGGAAGCUCAAGGGCUUUAUGAGUGGUGUUGGAUACAAGUUUGUCUGGUCAACAGAAGUGAUGGCGAACAAGCUCGGCUCCGAGAUGUAUGAGAAGUUCCUGCCGAUUGCACUUGCGGAGAGAUCGUUCUUGCCAGCUCCGGAGCCUCAGGUGGCAGGCAGAGGUCUUGAGGGAAUCGAGGAAGCGUUCGAAGUUGCCAAAGAGGGUGUGAGUGCAAAGAAGAUUGUUGUCAGUCUUUGA